UUGAAACUUGCAGUGAUGGAGGGUGAAACGCAACCUGCCGACGACGGUCUCUGCGCCCCAACUAUGUGCGGUCAGCAGCGGGGUCCAGACAGCAACCUCAAAACCUUCCCUAACAGGCGGUUGGCGGGGAAGGCGCGGUUCCACAGACCCACAAUGGUCGAUAUCCCGCUGCUGGGAGACGGAGGCGGACAGAACUACACUUAUUUCAGUCACCAUCAUCCGCUUCAGCAGCAGCAUCAGCAACAGCGGCAGCAGCUCCACCAAACCACCCACACCAUCAGCAGCAGCAGCCAGCGUAACCCAACAUCCCAGCUGCAGCAUAACUUCCCAUGCGAUAAAAGGCCCAGCAGCAGAGUCACGACAUCUAACUCGACAACGGUGGGGAGUGUGGCCCCAGCAUCACUUUGCCUUCAGCAGACGGUCAGCGGUGGCACCACGGUGCACCGGGACCCCACCUAUACGCCAGGACGAGCGGCGCUCAAACAUGAAUCACCUGAUUGCGUUUACAGGAUAAGCUCAGGUAAGUUUUAA